UAGUUACUGUUCUUACGGAGUGUUUUGGUACACAGCAGUCUGAUCUGAUCUGGUUCUAUUAGAGCUGUAUUACUGUGUGUGUGAUUACAGAUUGAGGCUCAGUGAUGUCUGAGGACAGGAGUGUGUGUGUGAGAUCAGAUUACACGGUCAGUAAAUCAGAUCCUGAGGAUCAGAAGAACCUGGUGAGGAACAGCAGGAAGAUCCUGGAUGAGGAGCAAUAUGUGGAGAACCUGGAGAAGAUCAUCCAGAGGGACUUCUACCCCGACGUCACUAAGCUGAGAGCGCAGAAGGAUUAUCUUGAGGCCGAGGAGAGCGGAGAUCUGCAGAGGAUGAGAGAGAUCGCCAUCAAAUACGGUUCAGCCAUGGCCAAGUACACCCCUCGUACCUACGUCCCCUAUGUGACUCCUUCAGAGUUUGAGACUCCUGGUGGACACUCAGACUCUCCAUCCAUCUCACACAAUAAAUCCAGAACAGGAACAGAACCCGGAGAUAAAGAUGGAGAUGAGGAGGAGAAGGAUCUGCCCUCGCUGGAUCGGUUCCUCUGUAAGAACACGAGUGAGGAUAACGCCUCCUUCCAACAGAUCAUGGAACUGGCUGAGAGUAAAGAGAGAGAAAAAAACGCCUGGUUAUACCACGCCGAGGCCGAGUUCAAACAGAGGCAUGAGCAGAAUUUGGCUCUACCCUCCUCUGAGACUCAGGCGCUGGAGUGUGUGAAGGCUGGAGUGGAGACCUGGGAGUACACCGCCAAAAACGCCCUCAUGUACUACCCUGAAGGUGUGAAAGAUGACACGGUGUUUAAGAAGCCGAGGGAGGUGGUGCAUAAGAACACACGGUUCGACGUGGAUCCCUUCUGUAAAGCUCUCAACAAAUCACAGAUCCAGCAGGCUGCUGCUCUCAAUGCACAGUUUAAAUUAGGGAAGGUCGGUCCUGAUGGGAAAGAGCUGCUGCCUCAUGAGUCACCUAAGGUCAACGGCUACGGCUACGAGGCCAUGCCCUCACCUGCACCAGGUGUGUGUGAGUCUCCGUUAAUGACGUGGGGUGAGAUCGAGGACACGCCCUUCAGACUGGACGGAUCUGACACACCGCUGGUUGAAAGGUGCCACGGCCCAUCAUUUAAGAUCCCUGAGCCCGGGCGGCGUGAGAGACUCGGACUAAAAAUGGUGAGCGAGGUAGCAGCUAAAAACCGAGCCAAGAAACAAGAAGCUCUACGUAAAGUCACCCAGAAUCUCGCCAGCCUCACUCCGAAGGGUUUGAGCCCGGCCGCGCUCUCUCCGGCUCUUCAGAGACUGGUUAAUCGCUCCUCUGUUAAAUACACUGAUAAAGCUCUGCGUGCCAGCUACACCCCCUCACCCUCUCACAGAGUCCCCGGCUCCAAAACACCCCUCACCCCCUCACACUCCUCACACACCCCCACGCCCGGCAAAACACGCACCCCUGCACCACACGACCCCGCCUCCAUCACAGACGACCUGCUGCAGCUCCCCAAGAGGAGGAAAGCCUCGGACUUCUUCUGAUACACCCCCAAAAAACCUGGACCGGGGAUUUUUUAUAGUUUUUUACAGACUGACGGACUCGCUGCUUAUGAACCAGAGAUUUCGUUUAAUCAUCAUUUCAGUUGAUUUGUGUAGAAUUCAUUUCUAUUCUCAUUUCUAUUUAUUGAUGUUGAAUUUGUUUGGUGAAUUGAGGGUAAAACUCAUCAGAAUUCAGAUCAAAUGUACAGUUUUUGUGCCACAUUUAAGAGUAACUGAGUAAAAAUCUCCACUUUCUGAUAUUUUAUAAAUUCUGUGUUUGUUUUUCCCAAUUUGGAUAUAUCCAGUUCCUUUAGAGCCACAGGCUAGCACAUGCUUUCUCUUCACCAGGCAGUAGUGGAUUCAUCCAGAGAGCUUUAAGGUGCUGGUUUUGAUGUAGAAUCUUUAUUCGUGCACUGGGAACAUGAAGCUUGUUCGGUUGUGGACAGUGACGCAUCUUCUCACUACAGGACACGUUACAUGUAGCAAUCAAAUGAAUUGAGACCCUCAAAAUAUAAAGUUUGAGGAAGGUAUGAAGCAGGGUCGCAGGAAAACAAAAAAAUAAUGUAAUAUUAAAGUACAGCGGUACCUUAAAACUGGACGUCAGUCGGUUCUGGGAGUGGUGUUGAGUUUUAAAGACGUUGAGUUUCGAGGUAUUUUUCCCCAUAAGGAUGUUUGUGAAACCUGUUAAUGCGUCCAUGGUCCCGUGGAGCUGCAGAUAUUUUAGUCUCAUGUAAAAUAAUGAGGUUGUUUUUGACACUUAAACACUGAAAAUAACACAA